ACUCAAGUGUCAUUGUAGUAUUUCAUAUACAUUGCUUAAACUAUGAAACAUACAAAUUGGAGCAGCCAACUACCACAAUUCUAAACUCUUCAUAAUAUUCAUUACAACUUUAAAAUAUAAAAACCUCACUACCUUAACAUGAAAAAAGAAACAAAACCUUGUAUUCCUCAUGUUCUUAAGCCUAAAAUCCUUUUUUAAACUGCAUUUUCUGUAAAAUAAAAAAUAAAAACUGUUGAUUUUUCAGACUUUUCCAGCAGGAACCAGAAAAGUUAUCUCAUGGCCAUCAAAAAAACCAUAGUGAUACUCUGCAUCAUCAUUGGUCCGUUGUCCCUGGUGUCCUCAGCCCAAACUUGUAAAAACUACAUAUUUUCUGAGAAGAGAGGUUUUAACUCGUGUGCUGACCUUCCAGUUCUACAAGCCUAUCUCCAUUGGAAUUAUAAUUCAACAUCAGAAACCAUACACGUGGCAUACAGAGCAAACCAGACACCUAGAGGUUGGAUUGCAUGGGGGAUUAACCCAACAGGAAGCGGCAUGGUUGGAACACAAGCACUGGUUGCCUUUCAGGAUCUUAACGGCAAUAUGAAAGCCUAUACUACUCAAAUCAGCAGUUACAACCCUGAAAUGAAACCCCAACCUCUAAGUUUCCCAGUUUUGGAGCUUUCAGCUGAGUACUUGAACGAAGAGAUGAUCAUCUCUGCGGUUCUCGGCCCACUAAGCAACGGAACAACUUUUAACAUCGUCUGGCAAGCUGGGAAUGCAGUGUCAAAUGAUAUUCCUCAGUCCCACCCACAUUUCGGACCAUAUGUUCGAUCAGCUGGUACAUUGGAUUUCCUGUCAUUGUAGAUCAAACCUUGAGGCAGUUACCCCAAUAUAAGAUUGUUUACAAAUAAAUAAGUAUUACUAUUAGUGCUUCUUGUUAGCAACAAAAGAAUUUACUACUUCCUGUAAUGCACACAUAGUACAUCAUAAUCAUCACCAACAACAAUAGUAUAAAAACAAAGUUCAAACAUGUAAAACAAUUGUUCCUCAGUUAUCAGGGUUGAUCUAUUAGGGUUUUUCAACUA